AUGGAAACUAUUAUAAUAUCAGGUUCCAUAGUGGUUUCUUAUCUGAUCAUCAAACGUUACAAAACUCAAUGGCUAGAUUAUAUGUGGAUGCGCAUCCACGCACGACAUCCCAGUGAGCUGGAAUUAGAAAAAACACUUGAACAAAAAACAUUAUCAUCAUGGAUGAAUUCUUAUUCACAGACACUUACUGUCCGUGGCCAUCAACUUCAUCAUGUCUACGUCGAGAAUCCCGGAAGUUCUCUUCUUAUAAUAUUUAUUCAUGGUCUGGGUGGCCAGGUAUCUCAAUGGGAAUCACAGUUGGAGCAUUUUUCAUCAUAUGCUAGUGUAUUAGCAGUUGACCUUCUUGGUUGUGGUUUGAGUGAAGUGUCUUCAAAAUGGUCUGACUAUUCAGCUGAUUCGCUGACAAAGGAUGUUUUGGCUCUUCUGACUGAUCACUAUUCCGCUGAACGCUUGGUACUAGUUGCCCACUCAUAUGGCUGCUCUGUUGCAACUCGUCUUUCACUUGAUCAUACUUUGAAAAAGCGUAUACAAGCAACGGUUCUCAUCUGUCCCAAGAAAGGCAUGAGUGAGAAAGAAAUCAAGGGUCAACGAAUAAUCGGUUGGAUUCCCGAUUGGCUCAUGGAUGGAUUCCGCAUGGGAGAUCGUAAAAAAUGUCUAUAUAGCAAAAGUGUUGAACGCUUUUUGGGUCCCAAUGCCACUGAUAUACAGCGGGAGAAACAAUUUGAGUGGAAUAUCAAGAGUAAAACUACAGUUUACCGAAGAUUCGCAUACAAUGCUUCAUUCCCAGUUCAAGAAGAGUAUGCAACCAUUAGCAGCCCUGUUUUGUUGGUUUCAUGCGAACAAGAUAAAGUUGUUUCUCCUCAGGAUGCAGAAUAUAUCCAUCGAUUGAUCGACAAUAGUAAAUUGCGUGUAAUUGAAGACGUGGGUCAUAAUCCUAUGCUGGUCCGACCUCAAGCUGUCAAUACAAUCAUUUCAGAGUUUGCAGAAUCUGUGGGAAUUGAAGAGUUGGGAUGUUUUUAA